UGUCAUAUCUGUUGGCAGCAAAAAUAUGGAUUUGUAGUGAUAGAUAAGGAUAGCGCGAUUUCAAAUGGUCGUUAUAGAAAAGGAUUUAACGACUUUGCGACAUCAUAACGCGAUUAGUUGUUGUCGAUACGUUAAGCAGACAAUAUUGAUAGCAGCAUGGAGAUUAGAGAUCGUGAGAAAUUAGUAAAACAGAUUGAGAAAACGUGUGAUUCGAUUCGCAAAAAGUAUCGAGCUUUGAAAACUGGUAAGAUGGAGGAAGAUAUGGCGUUGGAGAGGCAUUUUAAGCCCAUUGUCGAACCUCUAAAGAAAAUUGUUGAAAACACCGUUGGCGAAGAAUCUAAUUUCAUCAAGACUGAAACAGCAGAGAAGGAGUAUGCAAAACCUAAACGAAAACAAUCAAACGUUUCGUUUGAACAUUAUCCUCGGGAGAGGAAGACUACUUUGAAUGAAACAGCCAAAAAUUUACAACCGCGCGAAUUAUCGUACGAACAUCCGCACACACUCUCCGUCGAAGAAAUUUUCGAAAACCCUAACGAACCUCUUGUAACGUCCGUUCGACACAAGUUACAAACGGUCGAGGGGCAAAAAAUUUUAAAAACGCACUACGGUACGUUGGGACAAAAGUAUUUAGGAGCUGUCUUAAGCGGUAAAAAAUCCGUCAAUAUAGAUAGUGUUUACGGUGUUUAUUUCAGCAACAAUGGAACGAUGAUUGGUAACAAACGUAUCGAUUUGGAUAAGAACGAUGAUAUAAUCGUAGAUGGAAAAAAGUAUACUGGGACACAAGGCCUUUACGAACUGAUUUUCAAAAAAUUUCCUGAAGAAGAUAGUUAUACAAAAUCUGAUAAACGCAACUACAAAAGUAUACUUUUGGCAACAAAUGCACAUAGACGUGAUCACAACAUGCAUAAUCCUGUAAAUAGUAACAAGGGACAUAAGUAUAGAAAUAUAAUUGCACCCUUGCUAAAAGGUGUUAGAGAAGGUAUGCCGUGUACCGUGACGCUAAACAACAACAAGAUCGAUUAUGUUCAUUGGGACGAUCCCAACGAGCUUGUAGAUCGUUUUCGAUUGCUUGAGGCCUCUCGCCAAGCGGGUCACAAUGAUCACGAUAACGAAAUCAUGUCGAUCAUCGAAGAACUCCGCGAGGCUGGACUUAUUAUAAAUUAA